AACAUUCUUAUUAUUAUCACUGCUAUUACUGCUCGCUCUUCUGCCGUCUGCUGUUAGCCUCCAGCAUUCCGAUCUAUCCAUGCACCGACUGGCCUCUCGCUCGUUUUGAUCUCCGGCAUUCUUGCUCUGAAGUCUCCAUAUACGUACAGCGACAUUCCUCAACCCCAGGUUUUUCCACGCCCAAAUCCACCACCAUGGGUGGAUCCUCAUCCCCUCCAUUCCUCUAUGAUCCGCCCUCAAAAUGGUCCUUCAACGAUGCUAUGUCUAGCAACUUCAAUCCCAAGAUUGUCACCGAAGCAAGCAGGGCGCCUCGCCCGCAGAGGCCGCCUCAGGAAGGGCCGUUGGUCAAUUUCAACCGCCAUCCCGACUCAUGGAUGGUUCCUCGUCAAAGCAAACCCAUAAUCCCCAUGAGUCCUUACACCAAGGCGCGGGUAAAGCGGACAAGAAUAUUUCAACUGUUACUGCGCCUUGUUGCUAUACUUGGAGCUCUCGCUAUAUUGUUUUGUGUUAUAUGCAUUAACAGAACAGAUGUGGCUUUGGGGUGGAUUAUUCGGGUUGCGCCCGUUGUGGCAACUCUUCACACCUUAUAUGCGAUUUACCAUCUAGGGCGGUCUGCUGCUUCUAGACCCCCGGCAUCAUCUUCUAGUUAUCAUCUAUUCGCUUCCUUCAUAGAUGCUGGAUUGGUGCCAUUCUACACAUUUACCAGCUAUAUCGCUUAUAGAGAGACGCAAGAUAACAUCUACGGCUGGGGAACCCUUGUGGAUAGUCCAGUGUUUCAAUCUUAUAUUGUCAAGAUCUUAUUCUUUGCUAGUGCAGUAUGCGGUGGCUUGCACCUGAUUUCGUUCGCGAUCUCUCUCUAUCUGGCAGUUGUUUUCAGGCAAAUUACGAAGCUUCCUCCGGACAUGAACCCAUUGGAGGAUAACUUGACGGCCCGUGCCCCAAAACGGAGCAGACGGCCCAAAUCAGCUAUAUCAGAAAAGCAUAUGAGCACCAGUACGCUAGACUCUGCGUACUUCAGUGUCAAAUCUCACCUAGAGGCCCCGAUAGAAGAGGCGCCGAGGACCAUUCCUUUCUCUCACACCAGGCAGCAAUCUUCAAAUAGCGUCGUAAAUGAUCAAAGACCAACAUCCAUACACUCUCACCGCAUGUCUCGAACGAAUCUACCUAGCCAAAGAGCUCGCCUUGAAGAGCAGGCAAACCAGUCUACCUCAUCAUUAACCCGCGCUACGGCUCAGAAAACUCGCGAUUCACCAUCAAGGCCGAACUCCAUUGUCGCAGAUGCACCGGUACUUCGCCCAACUGGACCUAACUAUGUGCCCACCAAUUUCCGAUGGAGUAGUCCUGCUCCAUCAGAGGACUCUGGUAACUGGGAAGCCUAUCCUUCUCGAACCAACUCACCGAACAAUGACGAAGAGAAUGCUCAUCAGAUAAGAUCCAUGCAAAAUCGCGACAAGGCUUUAUCACCUGUAUACAACGAUUGGCUCGGCCCAGUACCGAAAUUUGGUCGCAUCGAACUUGGAAUUUCCCAAGAGAAGGCUCGCGGGGAAUACGCCGCUUUAGAGAUCAAUGAAGGCCAUGCUGACUACGAUCCUUUGGUCGACAAGGAGAAUGUUGAGGAAGACAUCACCAAUUAUUUAGCUAAGCCACAGAACCCUCUUGGAAUGAAUCCCCCGACACCGCAACCAAAGGAAGACUCAGAAGACACAACUCCAGAAACCAGGAAAACAAGCCUACGCCGGGCUGUUCUUACAGAUAUUCCCAACCUUUCAGCCGAUAACCAAACAAGCAAGAGCUCUUUAAUGCCAGAGGUAAAGGAGGUGAAGGCGAAGAAGUUCGGUAGCAUUAGGAUAUGGGGACGCAAGUCUAGCAAGUCGGCCUAUGAGUCUGUGAAGAUUAAGGAAGAUGAGGAUGCGUCUGCCGAUGAGAACAGCGACAACGAGGACUAUGAGCCAGCCGCCUUGACAACACCAAAACGACGUACCCUGCAAAAGAAUGCACCAGACAAGAAGGAGGCGGACCGCAACGGCCGUGUUGUCAGCAAUUCAGGUGUUGAUCUUGGUGCUGGAUUCAACCUAGGCACUGGCUCCAGUUCCUAUGGUGAAUAUAUCUCUGGAUUAGGUGUUGGUCGGAGACGAGACGUCAGUGGGAAGGUUGCGGAAGAAGGCCGUGGAGGAGUUGUCGAGAAUGAAGAAGGCACACCAGAAAAGAAGUCAAAUCAGGUGCGGGCUGCAGGCUGGGCUCGUUUUGCCGGUCUUUAGAUGAUGACUCUACUCGUAAUGAAGGGAAAGGGAAUGUGAUUUCUCGGUACAUCAUCUGCUCAAUUGAGGGUAAAUAUGGCAUGCAGUACGAAGGGACGGGUCAUUCAUCUUGGGUCUGAGAUUGGAGGAGGGAUAUAUCAUGUUGAAUUUUGUGUUGUUUGGGUUUCGGGGGUUCGUUGUUGGAGUACAUAUUUGUUGUUUAUCUUUUUUUCAUAUUGUGAUUUACUUUUUCUUCCUGGACAGCGCCUGGGUUAUUCUUUGGUACAAAUAGCCUUUUUGCAUUAGGUAGCUAGUUACAUAUUUACCCGAACAUCUGGAAUGGAUGCAUACAUAAAUUCAUCGAAUGACUCAUUCUAUAUCUAUGUACCAUAAGAGAGAUCGUGGGUGUCACACAC